CAAACAUAACUCGCUUUAGGACCAAGCGUCGUACUUAACUCUUACAACUGAGGGAUAGCGCUCGACUUGGUUUUGAACAAAGUUCCUGUCUCUGCUUAAGCCCAUACAUUGUCGAAACAGACUGAGUGGGACUGGAGUUAGAGUAUCCAUACCGUUUUUCCUUCCUUAAACGAAUGAAAGGAUCCUGAGGACGCUCGUUUCACCUGCGGCUGGGAGCGACACCUGCCUCAGGUACUUUCAUGACACAAGUGCUACUCUCAUCCUCCACAUUUGGACCACCCUUCCGUGGUAAGUGUGUGUUUGUGAGUAGUGAAGAGGAGCAUUUACAGCUAUGUGCUACAGUGGGCAGCCUCUGUGUUCAGGAAACAGGCGUUCACCCACCAAUAGAGAGGCCAGUCCAGGCUCCCAGUAUGCUCUCUGUGCACUGGGGGUGGGCCUGGUGGCACUCGGUGUUGUCAUGAUCGUGUGGAGCAUAGUUCCUUCUGAAACACAGUUGAACAAUGCUACAACCACGAACGAUGGAAGUGACAGCAGUGAUGGAGGGAAGACAUCAUCUGUUGCGUUUGUGCUGGUUGGAUCUGGUGUUGCCAUGUUGCUCCUUGCUAUAUGUCUCGGUGUGAGGAACAGGAAGCGAAGGAGACAACAGGAAACUACAGGUGUAGGCGGUGCUGAUUAUGUGGAUCGUGUCCAUAGAGAUCAGGAUGAGGAGUCAACUGAUGAACCAGCGCCCAACUAUGAUGUUCCCACCUAUGAGGAGGCGGUCACCAGCGGAAAGUACCCUGUUCGGCAGAGCAACUUGCGACAGAGUUACCAGCUGCCCUCGUAUGAGGAUCUGAUUGGUGCUGUUGAAAACGAAGGCCAGCAGCCUAGAGAAGGUAAUGGCCAAGAGGCCCCUCAGCCAGCUCCUGGCUCCGAACCUCAGCCUGCAGCACCCGUCCGCAGCAGCAGCAGGGCCAGUCGCAUCCUCAGACCUUUCAGAGUGCGCAGGAUUAAGUCAGAGAAGCUCCACAUGAAGGAUAUUCGUUUGAAUAUCCAAAAUCCUGGACAGAGUGUGGUGGUGACCAUCGAACCACUGACCCCACCACCACAGUAUGAGGACAAGCCCCCGCAACUACCCACAGAAGCAGUGUAAUGAUUUCGAUCACUGGAUUUUGUUGAGUGUUUGCAUCUGUGGGUUGUUUGAAAAAUGUUGACUCAUCUGUGCAAAAGCGGAAAGUUUUAGUAAGAGCUAUAAAUGUGUCUCAAAAUCUGCCAAAUUAUGAAAUGGGAUACGUUUAUGUGUGCUGUCAGUUCUUGGACAAAACACUAAAGCCUACUUGAAUGUUUUUUAACAAACUUUUUUAUAUUUGAAGAAUGGAUUACAGUAGUGUAUCGUAUUUUUUAUUUAAAACUGUUUGAGUAAGGAAUAUAAAUGCCACAGCGCGUCUCUUGAGAGCGUCUGAGAGAUUUACUUCACAGUUUACUUCCAAAGAACUACAUUGUACAUUGCAAAAAAGAAAAAGAAAACAAAUUCUUAUUAAAGAAUAACUUACAGAUGAAGAAUCCAUCAAACUUGUGUUGCCAAAUGCUAAUUACCGUUUUUAAAAAUAACUUUUUCAUAAAAAACAUUUUCAAAAACUUAAUUAUUCUAAAUCUGAAUGUCCAGUUUUUCAGCUCCAUUUUUUUUUAUUCUGAAUAUAUAAUAAAUUUGAACCAGAUAGUGUGCUGUUGCAGCCAUAAAAUGCAGGAAUGCAAAUUAUUUAAAGACUUAAUUCUCACUAAUUUACUUAACUAAUUUAUUCAGUGCCACUCCAAUUAAUCCAAUUAAUAAUGUAAUUAAUAUUUCAGUGUGUUUUGAUUAACAAUGUGUCACUGUUCUGUUUGCAAUUAACUAACUUUGUUUUUGUUUUUUAAUGUAUUGCUCAUUGCAUUUUAAGGGUGCAAAAUUAAAAAGUAUUGAAAUAGAAUGAAAUUAAAAGUAUUCUUAAAACUCAUAGGAAAAUUUAGUGUAAUAUGUUAGAACAAAUUCUGCAUUCAUAUAAAAUUCUAAUAAGUGAUAUACAAACAAGGGUCUGGAUAGCAAACAAAAUGCACCUUGGGGGACUUUGGUUUCUUGGGCAACUCAACACUUAAUUUCUGAAGUGCAAAUGAGAAUUUUAUAGAUGGGCUAACUUUCACAUGCAGUUUGACUGGACAAACAAGCCAUCAUGCUGCAGAUUGACCAUUUUCAAUGACAAAAAUGUUGUUAACAUUCUUGUUAACCAAACUGAACAUGGUCCUGUUGAUGUCAUUUUGUAUGUGAGCUAAAUAGCCUUCAGUUUAAUUGCCUUUUAAUUCAGUUUAUUUUAUUAAGGUGUAAAAUCUUGGAGAAGGGAUGGAUUUGUUGUAGAUUUGCUUUUGACAAAAGGAAUUGAUACAGGUGAUACAGGUAAUAGUUUAAAGCAGAAAAGCUCUGUACGGUAUUUAUUUCUUGCGGGACAUAAUAAAAUUGUUUA